AUGAAGCUGAACGAACAUAGAGUGGCUCACUAUGCCACCUGCGGCUCGCCGCCAGACAAGACGGGCUUCCUAUUCAAGAAGGGGGAGUGGAACACAGCCUACCACAGACGCUGGUUCAUCCUAAAGGGCAACCAACUGAGCUACUUUGAGGAGCAUGAGAGCCGGGAACCCAUCGACGUCAUCGUGUUGGAGGGCUGCACCGUGGAGCUCUGCAAGUCAGCUGAAAAGUUCGCCUUCACCAUCAAGUUUGACUGCUCCAAGGCGUGUGUCUACAAGAUAGCGGCGGAGAACCAGGCAGCCAUGGAAUCGUGGGUGAAGGCUGUGUCGCGAGCCAGCUUCGACUACAUGCGCCUGGUGGUGCGGGAGCUGGAGAGGCAGCUGGAGGAGACCCAGGAGGGGUCUGGAGGGCUGCAGGGCAGGCCCAAGUCCUCCAAAAGGUUGUGGGGGUGGCACGCUCCAAAUCAGGAGCAUUAUCCAGUGCUCCCCUGGUGCCCUCUACACAGGUUACAGGUGCAACUGUCGCACAGGGGGAGACUCAUGCCCGCAGCCUUCAGGAGGAGGGGCAACUCCUUUCAGGUGCCUCUAAAGAGAGUAAGCCCUCUGCUCUGA